CAUCAACUACAGCUAUACUCCCUUGCUGUGUCACGUGAACACAAAGCCACUAAGAAAUGAGAAUCACAAAUGAAGGACGGCGGGGACAGAAUCCCCAGUGACUUCAUCUUCCAACCUCCGCCCCACGCCACCACUACCACCCUCUCUAUAAAAACCCAUCUCCACUCCUCUUCGUCCCUAUCAUCUUCUCGCUUCUUUAAAUAAAAAACAAAGAAAAGACAAACACCCAGUUGGAGGAAAAUGUCGGAUUGGGGUCCAGUAUUCAUAGCAGUGGUGCUAUUUGUGCUCUUAAGUCCUGGGCUGCUGUUUCAGGUUCCAGGGCACCACAGGUGCGUGGAGUUUGGGAAUUUUCAGACCAGUGGUGCUUCUAUUAUGGUCCAUUCUCUGCUUUAUUUCGCUCUUGUUUGCGUCUUCUUGCUAGCUGUUAAGGUUCACUUGUACCUUGAUUAAUUAGUAAGUACUAGUGAUCAUGGUAUCUUGCUUUGUUUAAGUUGUAUCCUAUACAUAAGCUAUCUACUAAUGCAUCAAUGCAAGUAUUUGUAAUUCUUUGAGAUUAUUGAAUUAUUAGAGA